AUGAAAUCAUCACUGCAACUAAGCAAAGAAGCCUUGGAAUAUACUUUUAACCCUAAAAUACCACUGAAAUUAUACCUGAAAACGUGCAUAAGCCUCGUUGAAGAGGCCCAAACGUCAUUUCAGGAUGGAAGAUUAGAAAGGUCGUAUCUCAUGUACUUAAGAUACCUGGAUUUAUGCAUGAACAAGUUGCCUAAUCACCCUGAGGUUACGGAAUCAAGUACAAAUUCGGAAUGUUCGCUCUUUAGAAAAGAAUAUCAACAAUUGUUGAAAUUAGAAGUACCUGCAAUUUUAAGGAUCAGCGAGGACUUAAAGGCACAAAUAGACAUCUCAUACCAAAAGAAUACUCUCUCACUGGCGACUAAUGUUCCAAAACGAGUUGUCAAAGAGCGCGCUAAUACAGAGGCUAUCGAACUUCCGUCUUCUUUCAGUGAUGCCAAAUUAAGGCAAUCCAUACACGCCUUUCACAACGAUAACAUCAGCAUGGGAAACCUAGUGAGUUCAUCUACUGCUCCUCUAAUAUAUCCCGAUUUGCCCAAGCUAAGUAAUUCGACAUAUGCAUCCAUAUAA